CAUUCAUGACGUCCCGUUUCUGACGCGUGCUAUAUGUUUCUGCUGUUCCGGGAAAUCCCAGGUCUGCAGAUUUCCCGCAUCCCAGGGGUGGAGGUCACGUCGGCAACGAACACUGUCUCGACGCUGUCUCGCAGAUGGACCAACGACUCCGGAGUACCAAGCGGUCCAAGGCCUGCGACGCCUGCAAGACGCGCAAAGUACGAUGUUCAGGCUUUCCUUCGCCAUGCCUGGGUUGUUCGCAACGAGGCAUAGAUUGCUUCUUCGGCCAGAGGAAAGUUCCGCUUCGGAAAAAUGUGAACAAGUCGCUAGUCACAGCGGCAACUGUACUGCCAGGGGGGCAUGGCUCACCAGUAAAACCACUCCUUGACGCUUCCAAGGUAGCUCCAUGCGAUAUUCCAAUUGGAAAAGGAGGACCAUCAACGCCAGUGUCACAUUCCAAUCUCUACAUCGACCACCUCCUAUCGAGAACCCUGACCUCCGAGGAAUCUAACAACAACCGACGUCUCGCGCUAAAUGGAAAUGGCCUCUUCGGUGGUACAUACACAAUCACUUUUUUUACCGACAGUAGGCUAGCUUCACUUUCAGCUAGACUUCAGAACAACAAAGUCGACCAGCUCGUCCAGAGAUUCUCUUCGGUUCUCAAGAGCAGAGUCAAGUCGCCAGACAAAGUUUCAGCUCGCUCGAUAUCUCUGGAAAAGGGGCGCGCCGGUCCAUUCAAUGACAGAACAGCCGCAGCAGGUUUCAUUUCUGCCUAUUUUGAGCGUGUCCAUCCCAUAUAUCCUCACUUGAGCCGCAGUACCUUCGAAUCGACUGCAUUUUCUGCCGAUUUGCCCACUGUCUUGACAGAAAACAAAGCGUUCUCUGCCCUCUACCACUCCGUCUUAGCUCUAGGAUGCCUCUACGAUGGUGGGGGCGGCUUCGAGCCUGGUAAAGGCCAGGCAGGGCAAUUAUUCUCCGUUUCUCUCGCUCUGUUCCCCGAGCUCGUUCAAUCACCGGAUUCCCUCUUGAUUCUCCAAGCCAUGACUACCAUCGCCAUCUACUCACUUGGAAUAUCAUGCCUCUCAAUAGAGAAGUUUGUCAUGACGGAGGCCACCCGUCGAGCGCAAAACCUUGCCCAAGUCAAUCUCGGCAGUGCAGCAACUCAGGCAUUUCGACGCACAUUUUGGGUCCUAUAUUCUUUGGAAAAAAUGUCAAGUUUUUACUUUGGCCGCAGCUCGGCGUUCAUUGAUAUCGACAUCACAACACCCAUCCCCUGCAUUCCAGAAUCUAUAUUCGGCACCUUUGAUUGGUUUCUCACAUUUGCUCGCCUCUCUCGACUUCUUUCCCGGGCUUUAUCCAGCCUCUUUUCUCCAGGGGUUUCGAAAAAGGACACGGGCUACUACAUGUCGACAAUUGAUGACAUUGACAACGACCUAGAGCAAUGGCGAAGCUCACUGCCUGAAGAUAAACAGCCGGGCCCCCUUUGCAACCAGUAUCAAUUCCGAAAGCCAGUGUCUGGGACUGCACUGCUAUGGACCCAUUUUCUGUACUACAGCUUCCGUUUGAUUCUCGCCAGGGCAUACCAUCAACUUCCAGCAAAUCACGAUGACCUUUCAGUCCGUGAAAGUAGAGCCAAGGCGCUGCAGACGAUGAUAAGCAUGUCAAGAUCCGUUCUGGAGUUGACUCCAUUUAUCGAUGUCGAACCCUCGACUCCUCUUAUGAUGCUUGCUGGUAUUCCCAUCUUUGCACUUUUUGUUCUCUUUGAAGAAAUCAUCAAUGAUCCGAAACACAAGGAUGCAGCCAGCAAUCUUGCCCUGUUGGACAUUGCAGGUGGCCACUUCUCUCGCAUAGAGUAUGCAAGUGAUGGGUCCCUCCCAGGUUCGUUGAUCGCGGAGUUCGCAAAAAUUGCUCGGGAGUAUGUGAAUGACACGAAUCGCGACAAUUCACAACACCAAGAUCAAACCCAAGGUCUAUCAGUUGGAAGUAUUCCCGGGGUCCUUGGGGUUCAAAUGCAGGGCGACAGCACAGUCCCAAUAUCUGCCGGCGAGCAGAACACUUCACCCAUGUUUCAGAACUUCGGUGCCAUGGAUAGCCACAGUAGUGGAUUCUAUUCCAUGGAUAGGAAUAUCCCAUCCCAAGACUCGUGGAUUGCGGACAACGACCUCCUUCUUGGGAUUAAUGUGAUGGACAUUUUUAGUGGCUUCGUUCCAAUUCCAGAACCUCAAUGAGCAGGACAAGGCCCAACUCAGAAACCCAAGGUCUUGGAUGAUUCAGGGUUGUCGGAUGAGGCACGACACUUUUUUCAUUAGGACGAUUUUGAACACUCCCCUUCCGUCAUGUUCCGGAGGCGUCCAUUGGGGGUGCCUCCGGAGGUUUACAACUUUCAUUAGGCAAACCAUGUACUAUAGUUGAUUAGAACCCCAUGCCCUUGGAUGGCCCUCAGAAAGCUGGAAGGACUCUUGUUUGUUAGCUUAUAGAUUUAUUAGAAACUCUACCAUUUCCC